UAGCGGGGGCAAUGUCAAGGUGGUAUAAGGCCUGGUGCAUCCCUGACGGCCGGUCAUUCCACGCGGAGAAAUUCUAUCGAAGAAAGUCACUGGGAGGCGACGAUCCUCGGAAGGGAAUAACAUGAAGAGUAUCUCGUUUGUGCUCGCGUGUUCGUUGGUGUUCGGCGUGCAGGCGAUCGGAAGAUACAGGGGAUUAGAGUUUUUGGAACCUUGCUCCAGAAGCGAUUACAACGUGGAGAGUUGCCUUGCUAGAUCGGCCAAUGUACUCACCGAUCGCUUCCGUCACGGUUUGCCGCAAUUGGGAUACACAGAGGUGGAGCCCAUCAUCCUCGACGAGCUUCAUAUUGCCCUUGGCGAGGGACCAGAUGGAUAUAGAGCUCAGUUCAAGAACAUCACUGCAAGAGGCGUUUCCACGUUACGGGUGACAGGUUUGAGGGCCAGAUUAUCAGACGACGAGGUUCAAUUGCAAUUAGCUCUAAGCAUUCCGAAAAUCAGAGCUGCCGCUAAAUACAGGUCGAGUGGCACCUUGCUUUUGGUCAAGGCAAGCGGAGCUGGAGAUUAUUGGGGCGAAUACGAAGGUGUAAAAGCAAAAGUAUUUAUCAGAGCGAAGCCAUUCCUGGUUCAAGAUCGUCGUUACUUGAGGUUGCAACAACUUAAGAUGGAUUUCAGUGUGCAGAAUAUUAAGAUGGGUGUUGAAAAUGUUCGCGACAGCAACGCUAUAAUUUUGGCAGCAUUGAAUCUUUUCAUUAACACCAACAGCCAAGAAUUGCUGAAAGAGAUGAAACCGGAUCUAAGAAGGAAAUUAGUUCAAGUAAUGACGACAUUCGUGGAAAGGAUCUUUGCUCAGGUACCAUACGAUGCUUGGAUUCUAGAUUAAUUAUGAAAGUUGAUACAAGAUGACGGUUAACGAGCAAGAAUGACCAAAUAUUUUGUUAAUUGUUAAAGAAACAAAAUAACUAAAAUGUCUCCCAUUUUUAUUUUGUUAAUUUUUUUUUGGAAAAAGAUUUUCCACCAAAUGCAAAAAGCAAAAAGAUUAAUUGAGUGCAAUGGAAGUUUCAAAUUUGAUAAUGAAAUAUUUAAAUUAUAAUAAUAUCUAAACAUAGUUUUACCAAUUUACCAAAAAUCGAUGUUAAAUUGAUUCAAUCUUAAAAUAUUUUAUGGUAUUAUUUAUGUUUUCUCUUGGUUUAUUCAUAUAUCAAGAAUGUAAAACUUUGUAGACAUUUUGUAUAUUUUGUGUGAGAUAGUGUGAAUGAUAAUAUCGAAUCAAUAUCAUCAAUAACAAUAUUCAUAUUAAGUUAUACUGUUCGUGUACUCAUCGAUUAUAUG